GAAAUUUUCCGAUUUGAUUAAAUACAAAACGUUUAAGUAAAUGUAUGCAAGUACAGCCUAUAAGUAGAAUUUUAUGCUCAUAACGUUAGCUUGAAAGGUUACAAGUUCUACAAUAUGGGUGCCUAUUUGUCCCAUCCGAAAACGGAUAAAACAUCAACCGAUCAGUUUAAUGAAUUGUUAGUCGUUGGAGCUAGCUCAAUGCAGGGAUGGCGGAACAGCCAAGAGGAUGCACAUAAUUCUAUUUUAAAUUUUGACAAAAAUACAUCGUUUUUUGCUGUGUAUGAUGGUCACGGCGGAGCUGAGGUAGCGCAAUAUUGCGCUGACAAGUUACCACAUUUUCUUAAAAACCUUGAAACCUACAAAAAUGGACAGUUUGAAGUGGCACUCAAGGAAGCAUUUUUGGGAUUUGACAAAACGCUGCUUGAUCCAUCGAUAGUCGGCAUACUAAAAAUAUUGGCUGGAGAACAUAACUUCGUAGAUGCUGAAGCGGACGAUUACGAAGACGAAGAUUUAGCUGAAUUGCAAGAGGAAAGCAAUUUGCCACUAAAUGAAGUUCUGGAAAAAUACAAAGGUCUUCCGCAAAGACCAGAUUUGGAUCUUAAGAGUUCUGACCAUAGAGACAAUUUUAAAAUGCGCUCUCCAUAUUGUCGCGGGCGCCGAGCUGCAGCAUUAGCUGCGGAAGCUACUAACAAAGCUGUAAUGGACCCCUCUGCAAAGCCCGAUGGUUCUUCUACUUCCGCAGCAGCUGCUGCAGCAGCUCUAUCCGCCGAUGGCUUAGUUAAUUCCCGUAAUCUGAGCAAUGUUGUAAAUCCUAAGGCUGAGGCUGCCGACAAUACCACUAGCAGUAUCAACGAUUUAUCCACCAAGAGUGCUGCAUUAAAAGAUGAUUCCAUUAAUGACCAAAAUGAGGGUUCGAAUGGAACCGGUUCUAAGAGUACGUUGGUUUCCUCUAGUAAUAUAAAAUUAUUCGCUACUGGUUCUAACGACAUGACCGAAGUAAAUCAGUCCUCGAAAAACGAGUUCACAAACUCAUCUACCAGCAAAGAAUUUGAAAGGAAUAUAAACAGCUCCCAAGAGGAUGAGUUCACAGACGAUGAUGCGGACUAUGAAGAAAAUGAUAAUGUCAAGAGUCCUGAUACUUCAUCCGCAGAAAGCUCUGACUGCACUGAAAAUGAUGACGACGGUGACGAAGAUGGUAAUGAGGAUAGUGAUGAUGAAGAGACUGAUGAAGAUCAGAUGGCUAAUGACAAUUUUUGUGCAAAUAUGAUUGAGGAGCCUGGCAAAGAUAGUGGAUGUACUGCAGUUGUAUGUUUGUUGCAAGGUCGGGACCUUUACGUGGCAAACGCAGGGGACUCGCGAUGUGUUAUAUCACGCAGUGGACUAGCCAUUGAAAUGAGCAUCGACCACAAGCCCGAAGAUGACGAAGAAGCCUCGCGCAUAAUAAAGGCAGGUGGUCGGGUUACACUUGAUGGACGCGUAAAUGGAGGCCUUAAUUUGUCUCGAGCCCUUGGGGACCACGCCUAUAAAACGAACGUAACCCUACCAGCUGAGGAACAAAUGAUAUCUGCCCUACCUGACAUCAAGAAACUCAUUAUCACGCCAGAGGACGAGUUUAUGGUACUGGCCUGUGAUGGUAUAUGGAAUUAUAUGUCCAGCGAGGAAGUCGUAGAAUUUGUACGUUGCAGAAUAAAAGAUAACAAAAAAUUGUCAACGAUUUGUGAAGAGCUUUUUGAUAACUGUUUAGCUCCGAAUACAAUGGGUGAUGGGACUGGAUGCGACAACAUGACUGCUGUAAUCGUCCAGUUUAAGAAAAAGCUGCAAGAGCUGCAGUCUACCAUUCCUCCAAAUCAAACUGAAGAUAAGUUACUUAAGACAUCUGAAAAUGUUUCACAUAGCUUAAAUGAUCACAGUGCGCCUAAGCGAUGCGCAUCACAAAAUGCGGAUACUGACGACGAAAUUCUUGAAAAAAACAACUCUAAACGAUUAAAAACUGAUCUGGAACCAGAAAACAUAAAAGGCAGAACCCCAUCACCGAACAGUCAGAAUGAAGAUCCUGACAAGAAGGCCAUUAAGGAAGUUACUAUAAUUGUUUCUUCAUCCUAAUUUACUUGACAUUCGGAAGUGCACUCAUCUUAAUUCACAUUUAAUCGUAACAUGCAUUUUAAUUGUAGACAUUUAAGCUUGUAGAUCGAAGUGCGAAAAACUGUGCCACUUUUCGAAAUGAUAUUGAUGACAGGUUUAUGCAAACAAAUAUUCUUUCAUAAGAACAUAUAUUAAUUAUAUUUUAAGAAAUAUUUAUAUUUCUUUCUCGUAAAUUGCUAAAUAAAAUCGAAAUGAAAUAAA